AUGCAACAGUUUCUCAAUAUUUUAGGGCGCACCACCCAGCUUGGGGCGUAUAUAGCUGAGGCCCCCGACCAGGAAUGGUCUCCGCGUAGGGCGUUGUCUUACGUGGCGGAGAACCUUGAGAUGGAGGGCGUACACACCCCGGCGACGUGGCUUCAUAACCACGCGCUGGAUCCAGAGGCAAGUACGCCCGAAUGGGCGUUGCGGAUGCUAGAGUCGUAUCUGACUCGCCGCGCCAGGAUAGUGGAGGAGAGCACUACUGAACAGCAGUCGGGGCAACAAUUGCAACCACCACCACCUGAACCUGCGAACCAACAAUAUGCGCAACUGUUGGUUGCAGAGGUCGCGGACGAGUCACCGUCCCAACUAAAUACAGCCUACGAAACGGCGACCGAGCAACUGCAGGAGUUGCCGGACAUGGGCCUCGGAUUGAUACAGGAUGGGGAAACUGUUCAACCGAACAGUAACCCUGCUCCUGAAUUUCAUCAACGGUUAGAGGCCGCACUGGCUCGUACUCGAGACCAGCGCGAGCAGAACGCGGGCAUCGCGGGUCAAUCGAACCGCGUUGCGUCUCGUCCUGGAAGUCGGGAGUCGCCUACAACCCUCGCCUCAGGGACACCACCGUCGUAUCCCCCAGGAUACGGACCGCGAACCACCUGA